AUGACAGAUAAAGUUAUUUUGCAGCAGUCUAGAAAAAAUCUGAAAUCAUUUUUUGCAAGAUACAAGACGUUGCAGUGGACAAGUUCUUAUGCUUUGCCAGACUUCCCUUAUGAUGUCAAGUGCAUAUUAGCAGAAAAAAAAUGCCCUGAUCACAGUAUGAGAAUAAGGAUUAUUGAAUUUUUGCAAGCAGACAUGACAAAAUACCUAGAAGGAUCACUGUAUCCAAACAGUCAGCAAUAUAACAUUGUUGUCAAUGCUCUACUGCAGGCAUACCCAUUCCUUGAUGAAGAUGGGAAUGGCUUUUUGCUAUGGAAACGGGCCCUUAAAGAUCGUUUCAAAUAUGUGCGGAGACCUAUUGAAGAUGAUGAGCAAGUCCUGAGGAACAAAUGCAAGUUUGGACACAGGCGAGGACAGACCAGGAAAUCUUCAUUUGCUGAAAACAAAUGUGAUGACGUCCAGGUGCAGGUAGAGGAAGAACCUGUUCAUCGUGAAGGCAGUGCAAUGGGUGUACACAUUAAGUGGCUUAAGCAAGAAUAUAUGAAAACUCAAAGGAACUGGAAAGAAGUGGAUGACAGAAUGAAUGUGACAAUAGAAAUACGGAGGAAGAUGAUCCGCAAUAAGGCACCUUUAAAAGACAUUCUUAGACUAUUUCCUUUCUUAAGAUGCCCUUAUCAGCUUUUUAGGGAGUUCCAGCUUCUCACACACAUGGACAUUUAUAAGAAAACAGUUGAGAUUUUGGAGAUUUACUCAGAAAACAUACUAUCUUUGUAUGUGGUGAGAAAUAAUCCAAUUAACAUUAUGCUGCAAGAAAAUCUGAAGCGGCACACAGAGGAAGACAUUCUGAAAUAUAUGAAAAUGACUGCUGCAUGUUUACUCCUGCCAGAUGUCUUUGGAGACGAUUCCAGUCUGUUUGCUGCAGUGAACGAGGAGGUGAAGGUGGUGACACCAGUGUUGGAAGUAAAAAAUCCCUUCAAUGUGAAUUCAUGCGAGUUUGCACUGUAUGUAGAAAGAGAAGAGCUAGCUCAGCUCGAUGACUGCACCAUGGCCCUGGCGGCGCUGGUGGCUGCAUUUCACGUGUUCGAUAUCCCCUGCCCAAAGAGAAUCCACAGGACGCUCAACUUCCUGGAGUCCCUGGUCUUUGAGGUGAGGAGCCCAGCAUCCCUGCCCGCCCAGGUAAGGAGACAGCUGGAGGUACCCGAGUAUCCCAGUACCUGA